CCCCUGCUGCGCGGCUGCAGUGAAGUUUUUCCUUUGCUCGCGUAAAGAUCCGAAAGAAGUGUUCUAAAAGAUGGCAGCGCUCAUCAAGGGCAUCAAAUUUGCAGCCCAAAUAUCGAAUCGAAACCCGGCACUGCUGUACAUGACCGUAAGGAAUCAUGGCUGGAACAAAGACUUCAAACCUGGCAAGUUUCCUGAAACAGAAAAAGAUCGGGAAGCUGCGGCGAAGAAAUACGGACUAGCACCGGCGGAGUACCAGCCGUACCCGGAUGAUGGACUUGGCUACGGCGACUAUCCGAAGCUACCGGACGUGCCAGCGGAAGCACGCGAUCCCUACUAUCCGUACGAUUUUCCGGAGCUGAAGAGAAACCUUCACGACCCACUCCACGCAGAAACCGAUUUCUGGGCCGAGGAUCGAUAUGGCUCGGCUGAACCGCUCCGCUACUCGAUGAAAACUUACUGGGUCUCGUUCCUUGGUGUGAUGGCUGGAUGUUUUGCGAUAUAUUAUUGGCUCGAGGAUUAUAAAAUGUUCCGACCGGUCCUCGCCAAGCAGUAUCCGUAUGAAGGAAAGCAGCACUACACAUUUGAAUCCAAGUAAAAUAUCGAUUCGCUGGGAGGAAUGAAUAAUAGAAGCAACAGCUACGUUCGUGAAAUCAAUGUUUGAAACAAAA